AUGGCUGGAGUGGACGGUAACCAAGCGAGGCCGGUCAUGAUCCUGACGACGCCAGACGGUCAGGUCGGCCACCCAGACCUCAAUUCGCCAUCACUCAACUCACCGCCGCUCCAUUCACCGCCGCUCAAUUCACCGCCCGUGGAUCCGGCCGAGGAGGUGUCGGCGAUGGAACCCGACGAGAGCAAAGCUUCGCAAGCUGGCUCGAGGCCGAGAAAGUUGUCGGAACCGUUCCUGAUGAAGCACGUUGGCCCACGACGUCCCGCCACUCUCAUGAAAUGGCACACGGCCGAGCUCCCUGCAAAGGGUGUGCCCGCCGCCUCCCCCCUCGGCAAGCGCUUGGGUGCCUUGGAUCUCUACGACUUCACGGCCGAGACGGGCCGGCCGAUGGACGAGGUCGACUCGACCUCCUCGUCGGAGGAUGACGACACCGUCCUUUCCGCCACCUCGUCGUCCAUCCGCAUCGACGCAGCCACGAGGCCGGCGAUGCGCAGAUCCAGGACCAGCAGCAGGACCGUUCAUGAGGAGGCCCACCAUCGGUUCAAGUGGCUUCACAUCGGCCACAAGCAAGGCUGCUGCACCUGCAGGGGCCGCGUGAAGCGGGACGGUCGGCUGCGCAUCACCGUCGACGAGACCACCCACACGGGAUACAUGGCCAAGGCCCUCGGUGCCGCCGCCGAGAGGGUGCGGCCGAAGCGACGAGGCACCUCGUACUUCAUCCCGCCCGACGCCGCCCACGUGCCGACGCACCUGCCCCGCCUCAACAUCGUCAUCAUGGUCAUCGGCUCCCGCGGCGAUGCCCAGCCCUUCCUCAAGAUCGGCAAGGUCCUCAAGGAACAGUACGGCCACCGGGUGCGCAUCGCCACCCACCCGGCCUUUCGCGACUUCGUCGAAAGGGACUCGGGCCUCGAGUUCUUCUCCGUCGGCGGCGACCCGUCCGAGCUGAUGGCCUUCAUGGUCAAGAACCCGGGCAUGAUCCCGUCGCUUGAGAGCGUCCGCGCCGGCGAGAUCGGCCGCCGGAGGGCCAUGAUGGCCGACAUGUUCGAGGGCUUCUGGCGGGCCUGCAUCCACCCGACCGACGACGUGACCGACUGCCAGAAUCGAUCGAUGCUCGGAGACAAGGACCCCUUCAUCGCCGACGCCAUCAUCGCGAACCCGCCGAGCUUCGCCCACAUCCACUGCGCCGAGGCCCUCGGCGUGCCGCUCCAGCUCGUCUUCACCUUUCCCUACACGCCGACCCACGCCUUCCCGCACCCGCUGGCGAGCAUCAAGCGAUCCAACGCCGACGCCGGCUACACCAACUUCAUCUCCUACCCGCUCGUCGAGGUCGUCGUCUGGCAGGGGCUCGGCGACCUCAUCAACAACUUUCGCGUCAAGACGCUGCGCCUCGACCCCGUCUCGACCCUGUGGGCCCCCGGUGCCGCCUACCGCAUGCACGUUCCCUACACCUACCUCUGGUCCCCCGCGCUCGUGCCGAAGCCGUCGGAUUGGAGCGACGAGAUUGACGUCUCCGGCUUCGUCUUCCUCGACCUCGCCGCCUCGUUCAAGCCGCCGGCCGACCUGGAGGAGUUCCUCGCCGCCGGCGACAAGCCCAUCUACAUCGGCUUCGGAUCCAUCGUCGUCGACGACGCGAACCUCUUCACCGAGAUGAUAUUCGAGGCCGUCGAAAAGGCCGGCGUCCGCGCCUUGAUCUCCAAGGGCUGGGGUGGCCUCGGCGCCGACGACAUACCCGACGGCGUCUUCAUGCUCGACAACAUCCCCCACGACUGGCUCUUCCCCAAGGUCGAGGCGUGCGUCAUCCACGGCGGCGCCGGCACGACGGCCAUCGCCCUCAAGUGCGCCCUCCCCACCAUGGUCGUCCCCUUCUUCGGCGACCAGCACUUCUGGGGCAGCAUGAUCGGUCGCUCGGGCGCGGGGCCGAUGCCCGUGCCCUACAAGCGCCUCGACGCCGACAUGCUCGCCGAGGGCAUCCAGUACCUGCUCACCGACGAGGCCAAGGAUGCCGCGGCCAAGAUUGCCGAAUCCAUCGAGCGCGACGGCGACGGCGCCGCCAACGCCGUCCGGUCCUUCCAGACCCAUCAGCACCUCUACGGGCCCACCACGAUGCGCUGCUCCCUUCUCCCGAACCGGACCGCCGUCUGGAGGCUGAAGAAUUGCCCCGUGAGGCUGUGCCCGCUCGCCGUCGACGUGCUCGUCGACGCCGGGCUCAUCACCUGGUCGAAGCUGCGCCUCCUGCGGCACACGGAGUGGAAUGACUUUGAAGGGCCCGGCGAGCCCGUGACCGGCGUCGCGGGAUCGCUGACCAAGACGUUGCGGGAUGUCUUUGGCGGCAUCGGCGUUGCUCCCUAUCGACUGGGCAGGACGGCCAAGAGGAGGAUCCGGAACAGGAUGCGGAGGAAGAGUCGAGCGAAAGGGCACGAGUCCAACGGCGACGGCCCGGAGCACAAGCUGACGGACGAAACGUCGACGGACGGCGCCGAGGCCGACGACGGCGUCGCUGUCGGCCCCGGCCGAGAGGAAUACAUCACCGACGUCACCUCCAGCGUCGGCAGAACCGCCCGCGCCAUCGUCAGGGCGCCCGCCGAUCUGAUGCUCGCCCUCGCCCAGGGCUUCCACAACGCCCCGCGCCUGUACGGCGACCCGACCGUGCGCCGCCCGACGCGCAUCACCGGCUUCCACUCGGGGCUCGUCGCCUCGCAUAGGGAGUUUGUCUACGGCCUUUACGACGGCGUCACCGGCGUCGUCCGCUUCCCUGUCCGCGGCGCCAGGAGCAACGGCGCCAAGGGACUCGUCAAGGGCAUCGGCAUGGGCCUCACCGGCCUGGUCCUGAAGUCGACGUCCGCCUUCAUCGGCCCCGUCGGCUUCACCCUCCAAGGCGUCGUCAAGCAGAUGGAACGGCGCAAUAGGCCGGAUGGCUUCAUCCGCCGCGCGCGCAUCACCCAGGGACAGCGCGAGUCGCAGGGCCUGACCGACGCGGAGCGCACGACCGUCGAGGAGACCGUCACCGACGGUUGGGACAUCAUGAUGCAGCUCGCCGGCGAGGUGUGCAACGAGGAGCGUCUUCGGGGCAUUUCCGGUCAGAUUGACCGCGUCAUCCUCGACACGGAGUUCAUGUUUGCCAGCGUCGAGGUGGCCAAGAGGUACUUGAAAGAUAUGCGAGGCGGCAAGGGGCUGGAAACGAUCGUGACCGAGUUUCUGGAGCGAUGCGCAAGAAGGGACGAAUCCACCAAGUAA